AUGGAAAUGAUAAUCAUCUUUAUCUGGCUAACAACCAUCUUAGCACUUCUUUUCCUACAACGACUACUACUCAAACAAACGGCUACCAAAAUCAACCUACCACCUUCUCCAUGGCGACUUCCGAUCAUCGGUAACCUCCACCAGCUAAGCCUCCACCCUCACCGUUCUCUUCGUUCCCUCAGCUUCCGCUACGGUCCACUCAUGCUCCUUCACUUCGGCCGCGUCCCUGUCCUAGUAGUUUCCUCUUCUGAAGUAGCUCAUGACCUCUUGAAAACACACGAUUUAAAGGUGGCAAACCGCCCGCAGUUAAAAGUUAUCGAGAUUUUCCUCAACGGUGGACGAGACAUGGUUUUUUCCCCUUACGGAGAAUAUUGGAGACAUAUUAAGAGUGCAUGCGUUAUCCAUCUACUCAGUAAAAAAAUGGUACAAUCUUUUGAAUACGUAAGAGAAGAAGAGAUAAGUGAAAUGAUGGAGACGGUUGAGAAAGCGAGUUCUAGCUCUACACCGUUUAACCUAAGCGAGCUUUUAAUCGCACUGAUGAGCGAUGUGACAAGUAGAGCUUCCUUGGGAAGAAAACACAGCAAAGAGGAAAGCAUGAGCGAUUUCAAGAAUCAACUGAGGACAAUCUUGGAUCUUGCAGGUGGAUUCCCAGUUGGUGAAUACAUUCCAUGUUUGGCCUGGACCGACAAAAUCCGUGGUCUUGAUCAUAAAGUGAAGCAAGUGAGUGAAAAAUUUGCGGGUCUUAUGGACAAAGUGGUGCAAGAACAUGUAGACCAUGGCGAUAAACCAACACAUGAUUUAGUCGAUAUAAUGCUAUCCUUGGAAAGACAGAACACAAAUGGUAUAGAACUCCGACGAAGCGACAUAAAGUUCAUAAUCUUAGAUAUGUUUUUAGGAGGAACAGCGACAACUUACGCACUACUAGAAUGGAUAAUGACAGAGCUUAUAAGACAUCAAGAAUGCAUGAAGAAACUCCAAGAAGAGAUUCGCGCUAAUGCGAAGAAGCCGCCUAAUCUAUAUAUAUCAGAAGAAGAUGUUAAGGAUAUGAAAUACUUAAAAAUGGUGAUUAAGGAGGUGCUUCGGUUGCAUCCUCCUUUCCCAUUACUAGUUCCUAGACUACUAACUGAAGAUGUCAAAGUAAAAGGAUGUGACAUAGCUGCUGGCACACAGGUAAUAACCAAUGCUUGGGCUAUUCAAAGAGACACUAUGAUAUGGGGGAGGGAUGCAGAAGAGUUUAGACCAGAGAGACACUUAGAUUCAUCUUUGGAUUUUCGGGGAACAAGUUUGGAACUAGUUCCAUUUGGAUAUGGGAGAAGGAUGUGUCCUGGUAUUGGAUUUGCUUUGGCUUUGGUCGAGGUGACAUUAGCCAACCUUGUGAACCGGUUCAACUGGAAGAUGGAUGUUCAAUUCUCCGGUGAUGAAUAUGAUCUAGCGGAAACGACAGGGCUCGAUGUUUCACGUAAAAAUCCUCUUAUUGUCUUUCCAUCUCUGGCUUAA